AUGAGCCAAGCCAGAAGGCAGGCGCAGUCGGCCUCGAGCACCCCCUCGCACUCGCCAAGUCCCACUUCGACCCCGCCCAGGUACAGGCCGGCCUCGCGCACGCCCUCGCCGCCACUUCGUACCGCCACGCCCACGCUCUCGCCCACGUUCCCGGGCACCCCAUCGCCCUCCGUGUGGGAUGUCACCCCGACCCUGUCUCCCACGUUCCCCGGCACCCCUACGCCCGCCGCGUGGGAUGUCACCCCCACGCUCUCGCCCACUUUCCCCGGCACCCCUACGCCCGCCGCGUGGGACGUCACCCCCACACUCUCGCCCACUUUCCCCGGCACGCCCACGCCAUCGGAGCUCAAGACUGCGACGCCGUCGCCCCAGAAACCCUCCCGCAGCCCAUCGCCGAUGUAUCCCACUGGCACGGUCGUGCCGGGCAACCUGACGUCGGGCGGCGGAGGCAGCGGAGGCGCUGAUCUGGGCCUGAUCGCCGGUGUGGUGGUGGCGAUGCUCGUGCUAGUCGGGGUGGUGGCGUUGGUGGUGGCGGUGGUGGUGGUGGUGCGCGCGCGGCGCCGACGCACAGAUCCGAGACAGGUGGGCGGGAGGGCCACCGAAUGGGAGCUCGAAGAGAUGCCGUCCGCACACAACGUGUCCCUUAUGGCCUCACCGCUGUUCAGCGGGAAGGCGACCACCUUCACCAACGAACUCUACAACAUCGGUGAACCGACUAACAACAACAACAACAACAUCAACAGGACAAGAAGCUUCCGCUUUUUUUGA